GCGCCGGCAACGAAGUAAAGGGUGCCCCUUCGACCAGCGACCGUCUAGAACGAACUGGGAAACAAUUAUAUCGCACUAUAAUCAAAACAUCCACAAUGGAAAGUCUACUUGCGCCAAUUCAAGAUGCUCUGGAAGGUCAAAUUGACUUCCAGGGCCAGCGUAUUGCAGAGCUUCUUAGUACGGUGCUUCUUGUUCUGUCGGGUGCCGUUGCUUUCAUUGUUGGAUACAUCUUCCAGGAUAUCCAUCUAACACUCUGGGUCGGAUUGGCCGGCACGUUAAUAACUGGGUUGGCCGUGAUUCCGCCUUGGCCUAUGUACAAUAAGAAUCCCGAGAAAUGGCUUGUUCCUCUGACGACGGGCGUGGGAGGAGGUGCAGGUAUUGUGGUAGAUGGAGUUAAGGUUGCGUGAGACAAGGAGUCGCGGACUUUGGACAUGUCUAUUUAAUAUCCUGAAUCAAUCACAACUUGUCCGCUUGCGUGUG